AUGGGCGUCCGUGAAGAUAAGUGGAAAUGGGUUGGGAAGGUUUUGGGACCGACAGACUGGUUCUCCCUGUUCCUCCUAACCACGCUUUACAUAUUGGCGAAAGAUGAUAGAGACUACAUGAUUAAAAAGGAUGAAAAACGAAAAUGCAAGAGGGUUAAACCUCUUACACUGAAACAACAACAGAAUCAGACGAUUGGAAUUUUGAAGAAACAAGCAAUGGAAGAAUGGCAAGAAAUGUAUUGGAACAGCAGUAAGGAUCUGUGGUAUCAUAAUAUCACAGUGGAGUCGAAAUGUACUGAUAAUCUUUCCAAAAUGGUCACGGGAGUGAUCAUGAAGAAAGAUAGUCGAAGGAUCUUGAGUAAUAUUACUCAAUUUCGCACAGGCCAUGGCAACUUUGGCGCAUGGUUUAAAAAGUUUGGAAUUGAAAAGGAUAGUUACAACUGCAAAUGUGGAGAGCUGGAAACAGUUCAUCACAUUUUAGUUGAGUGUCCUUUGCUUGAAGAGGAAAGAAAAGGACUGAAACGGAUAUCUCCAGAGAUGGACAUGUCGACUCUCUUAAACAGUUUAACUGGCUUACAAGAGAUUUUUACCAAUCGAGAUAUGGUUACCAUUUUGGUUAAAGACAUUACUAUUGUCAAUGUCUAUAAUCAACCGAAACCAUCCAAGAAAUACCCUGAGCCACCGGUUUUUGAGUUUCUCAAACGGGAGAUCAAGGAACAAUACUCAAAGAUUGUCAUUGCAGGUGAUUAUAACUUACAUCACAAGGAAUGGGAGUCAAGGGCAGAUUGGGAAAAGUUUGACAAGGAGCUUUCCUCUGCCAUUAAAGAUUUUGAUGUGAAUAACAAAGCUCUAAAAUCAACUGACCAAAUUGAUGACCAAGCUAAAGUUCUCGAAGAGGCUGUGAAAAGAGUAAUGGCAAAGUCUAUGGAGGAAAUUAAGGUGAUGAGAAAGUCCAAGAGCUAUAGGAAUGAAAAAUUGAGGGAAAAGGUGGAACAACUGUAA